AUGGAGAAGUUCAUCUUUUUAGCAUUUCUAGAUGUUCUGUUCGCUUCCUUAUUGAUGUUUCAGCCCAUCAUUUGUUCCAGCAACUUCACUGAUCAAGAGGCUCUCCUCCACUUCAAAUUGGCGACCGAAGUCGACCCGACAACACGAUCAAAGGUGGCAAUCGGACUGUGGAAGCUAACUUCUGUGAAUGGACGGCAGCAACCGCAGGCAGAGAGUCACGACUUUAGACCUCUCCUCCACCGGUCUCCAGUGAAAAGUCUCUCCUUACCUUGGCAAUCUCUCAUUCUUGGCUUCUCUUUGAUCUUUGCAACAACAGUUUCUAUGCCACGGUUUCAGAUAAAAACGGCUAACGGUGGCAUAUCGAGAGAAUUUGGCGCCUUCCCAAAGUUGCAACAACAGUUUAGUGGCUUCAACAACUUACAGGGUCAAAUUCUGAGCUUCCUGGGCAGCAUAUCCACAGACCUUGGUUCUGGAAGAAAACUGGCUUUGUGGCUCCACACUGGAAUCUAUCAAAAACUUCUCAACUUCCCUACAAAUUCUAGUCACUCCCCAUUGUCAAAUAACAGGUCACAUUCCCAAUUAAAUGGGUUUCUUGAAGAGCUUGACUUUCUACAGUUGAGCGAUAACAAUCUAGACGGCAACAUCCUGUCAUCUAUUGGAGGACUACAACAGCUUGCAAAGGCUGUACCGUGA